GGUGGAUUAAGAAUAACUAUGAAAAGGAAGAAGGUCAAUCUAUUGACUUUUUGGAUUGUCGGUGCUGUAUUUGUUUGUUAUAGUGUAGGAUCAGUACAGGCAACUGGAGCGUAUCCUUCGACUUCCUAUGUUAACACUCCAAAACAUUCCAAGAUUCAAAUAACUAGGCCUAAAUUUGGAGCAUCUGGUUUCUUGGACUCAUGGGUACAAGUAAACGAUAUAAAUCUACCAACAGACCUUGCGACAGCUAGUGGUGGAUUGAGGAACAUUCUAGAGGCCAAUUCAACUUUCAACGGUGACAAGAAAAGUAACAGAGUAAAACGAAGAUCAGGCGGAGUUGAGUUUGAAUGUGUUGCUCUAAAUAACAACGUAAAACGUGUUACGAAAACUUCGGUUGGACCAUGCGUAGAAUAUUGUUGGACGGUCAGAAAAACCUUGGCUUUGUUACAGAGAAAUGACCAAUGUUCCUGUAUAAACAACAACGAUGACUAUACAGUUGUUGAUAUUUCAAAAUGCAACACAAAAUGUACAGAUGAGAAAAAACAAAAUUGUGGUGGAGAAUAUAAUUUUGGCAAAUAUAGAACAGGUUACAUUAGAGAACCAAGGUUCAAUAGAGACAGCGAAACCGCAGUAAGAAAGGCACGACAAGACUGCUUUAGACUGAUCAAGGAUCCAAAAGCACCAUCUUUAGAUUCACUAAGAAUGCACCCGCACAUUUGUAUGGAGUUUUGUUCAUAUAAGCAAAACAGAUACGCUGCACUAUCUAAAGGAACAUUUUGUCAGUGCCUUAACUUUGGAAAUGGGUAUUUUGCUCCAGCCAAAGACAAAUGUUCUAAAUUGUGCCGUGGAGAUAGGAGAUAUAACUGUGGAGGGGAAAACAACGUCUAUCAAGUAUAUAGCUCCGGAUACUUGUCCAGUCAGAAAAAAAACAGUGAUAUAAGAUUUGAUGACUUGUCAUGGUCAAGACCGGAUAGAAGAGACCCCGAAGAUUAUGAAUUUUUGAAUAUAAACAAAGGAGGUGGAUAUAAUGGCAAUGGCAGAAGGAAAAGAAAAAAGAAAAGGAAAGGCAGAAGGAAAGAAAAUGGCAGGAAAGAAAAUGACAGUAGGUCAAAGGAAAGCAGAAAGAAAAUUUAUGGCAGAAUUAGAGGUAAUGGCAGGAGUACAGAUAAUGACAGAAAUAGCGAUAAUGGAAUAAUUCAAGCUAACACCAGAAGUGGAGUUAAUGACAGAAGUGGAGAUGAUGGAAUUCAAGUUAAUGUCAGAAGUAAAGUUAACAGAAAAAGUAAAGAUAAUAAUAGAAAUAGAGACAAUGGCAUAAUUCAAGCUAAUACCAGAACAAGAGUUAAUGACAGAGGUAGAGUUAAUGCCAGAAGUAGAGAUGAUGCCAGAAGUAGAAAUGAUGCCAGAAGUAGAGAUAAUGCCAGAAGUAGAGUUAAUGACAAAAGGAAUGAAAAAGACGUGAAGAGCGACAAGGACAAAAAGAAAGAUAAAGAUGGGGAUUUAGCCAAGAAACAACAUAAUAAGGACAAGAAAAAAGGAAAAAAGGUGGACAAGAAAUAUAUCAUAAUAGGCGUUAUUGGUGCUGUAAUUCUAAUCGCUAUUAUUGUAACUUAUGUGAAUGAUCAAUCGUCUGAGCAAAAGAAAAUGGCAGAGAGAAAAAGGAAGAUGGAGGAAAAAAAGGCCCGGGAACAAGAAGGUGAUGAGUGAUGAGGUUCUCUGAAAGAUGGCUCAAUCAAGUAUCGGGAUGUCCAAAUUGGAACAAACAAACUUUGUGUGACCAAUAUGCUAAUCUGUCCGAUCUAAAAAAGGUUCUUCCAUGGCCGAGCUGAAUCAAUAGAUCACUUGAAUGUCGCUUAAAUAAGUAGCUCUUUGGUCACUAUAUGACUUCUACUGCCAGCUCUUUUUUGAUUAAAAAAAGGAUUUUUUAUUUUUUUAUAUUCUUGUAAAAAUUGUUGAUAAAGAAAUUAUUCAAAUAAUC